CAGUGGAGGGAUUGGCAGAGAGGGAUGGAGGACACUGAGUGGAGGCCAAUGGAGGGAUUGGUAGAGAGGGGUGGAGGACACUGAGUGGAGGCCAAUGGAGGGAUUGGUAGAGAGGGGUGGAGGACACUGAAUGGAGACCAGUGGAGGGAUUGGCAGAGAGGGGUGGAGGACACUGAAUGGAGGCCAAUGGAGGGAUUGGCAGAGAGGGAUGGAGGACACUGAAUGGAGGCCAAUGGAGGGAUUGGCAGAGAGGGGUGGAGGACACUGAAUGGAGGCCAAUGGAGGGAUUGGCAGAGAGGGAUGGAGGACACUGAAUGGAGGCCAAUGGA